CUGCAUCUUCCCCCAGCGCUUACAACAGUGCUCUGCACAGGGUGAUGAGUGGACAGCUUGGAUUCUAAAGAGGAUCAACUCCUUAGUUUGAAAGACUGAACGCUCACUGGAUGUUGUUUUUUUUUAGUCAGUACACUUUCUACUCACCUAAAAUAAUGAAUUCUCCUAGUUUCACUCUACCUACUAUGGUACCCCGUAGUUCAGUCAUUAACAGCUCUGUCACCAACAAUUUAGCAACCAAUAAUCCACCAAACAAGUCAGUUCUCCUGAGCAAACCUUUUAAAUGCUCAGAAUGUGGACGAUCUUUUGCUCAGUUGACUGACCUGGAACUUCAUGAGAUGUCACAUGCUGCAGAACGCCCUUACCGCUGUGAACUCUGUGGGAAAACCUUUGCACAGACAUCAGCCCUGGUAAAACAUCAUCGAGUCCAUACUGGAGAGAAGCCUUAUAAGUGCCCAGUGUGUGGUAAAACCUUCGCCCUUUCUUCUGGGCUCGUACUGCAUAAGCGAAUCCACACUGGUGAACGCCCUCACACUUGCCCUCUGUGUGGCAAAAAGUUUAUUUCCUCAUCCCACCUGGCAUUACAUUUACGCUCCCACACCGGGGAAAGAAAAUAUAAAUGUAACAUAUGUGGGAAGCUUUUUCUUCAGUCCUCUCAUCUCGUAAGGCACAAGGCAAUUCACACCGGGGAGAAGCCUUUCAAAUGCGAAGACUGUGGGAAGAAUUUUGGUCGCUCUUCACAUCUGAAGACACACAGGCGCGUUCACACGGGAGAGCGACCUUACAAAUGCACUCAGUGUGAGAAAGCUUUCACCCAAAAGGCAGGACUUAUUCUUCACCUCCGUCUCCACACUGGAGAAAGACCCUAUAAAUGUGAUAAGUGUGGGAAAAACUUCCGUUCUUCUGCCCAUCUCAUGUCCCACCAGCUCCUUGAAUCUGGGGAAAGGAACUUCAAGUGUUCGACAUGCGGCAAGGCUUUCAAACAGGCGUCAUCGCUGAAGCAACACCUGAAAACUCACGAAAUCCGGGAACCUCACCGUUGUUCUGUUUGUAGCAGGGCCUUUUCCAGAUCAUCCUACCUUCAGCUUCACAUGAGGACCCACAGUGGAGAGCGGCCGUAUCACUGUAUGGUCUGCAACAGAACUUACGCAAAAAUGUCCACGUUUGAAAAGCACUGUAAAAAGCAUCAACAAGAUGAAGAGAGGCCUGAGCUUCGACCCAAAGCAAUGACCACGAGGGCAAAAGCCCUAGCUGAAAAGAAGGCAAGAACAGCAAAAGCAACAAACCAAUUGUCAGGAACAUUAUCAAUUUCAUCCUGAACAGAAACAAGAAUUAAAGAAACAAGCAAUUUUAGGCCCCUAUAGUAGAAUAGAAAGUGAUGGAUCUUAAGAGAUGAAAAUUCCAAACUCAUCUAGUGUUUUUUUCCCCCAAAAAAUGACUGAAUGUUGGAUUUUUUUUCUGCUAUAGUAGAAAUAUAAAAGUGCAGUGCAAAACAUUAUCAAGGGUGCAUUUUUCCUUAGAAAAACAAAUUUCCUUGAUGCCACAGGCAGUGCGUAUUGUGCUCAAGCUAUGUAUUGUUUCAGGAGAGAGGUGCUAUCACCUGAAAGAAUAUAAUAUUUAUACAAUUUCAGGAGUCCACCAGUUUCACCAGACCAGUAUAGAAGAAUACCACAUUCCUCGGAGUUUGGGAGAAGAAAAAUCCUCUUUCCCACUGUAGAUGAGGGGCUGCUGAUGAACAUGCAGUUUUUUUACUUGUAGCAAAAAGGCUAAAAUUUGACUAUUUUCAGGAAAUCAGACAAAAAUUACUCAAAUUAAGUAAUAUGAGUUUGACCUAAAAUGCUAGCUGGAAUUUGCACCUGAUUUUUAAGUUAUAUAUAUAUUUUAAUUUAAAUUCAUAGAGAGGUGGUAAACCCACAUAUUUUUAUAUAGCAAGGUCUUAGAAACCCAAACUUGUGUGAGACUUUUUAUUUUAAAUGUUCCUGUGUAAUAUUUUCUUGCAUAUUUAAGUCCCAGUACAAGCUUAUAAAGGAACAUUACUUCCUCAUUGUACUUUUCAAGGGUAUCAUUUAGAAAAUUUUAUUUUAUCAAUUCCUGGCUUUAUUGUUAGCCUGUCUAAAAUAGUAUAGGAGGCAAAUAUACCCAAGUUACAAACUUCUAGGGGUUACACCUUUGUGUAAAACAUGGUCGGUAAGAUGACGUAUGUCCCUGUAAUAAGAUUGUGUUUUGCUGACUGUUUUAGAAAUAAAAUCAUGUCUGACAAAAUAUGAACAGAAACAA